AUGGAAGGACAGGCCCAGCAAUUCCGAGGAUACUCUCGAACAUGCUUCAACUGCGGUGAAUUCGGUCACCAGGUGCGAGCUUGCCCCCGUGUGGGCAACCCCGUUUGCUACAACUGUGGCAACGACGGCCACAUGUCCCGAGACUGCACUGAGGAGCCCAAGGAGAAGGCUUGCUUCAAGUGCAACCAGCCCGGUCACAUCCUCAAGGAGUGCCCCCAGAACGAUGCCAUUGUCCACGACGGUGCUGCCCCCGUUGCCCCCAACGGUGAGGCCCCCAUUGGUGGCGAGUUUGGCGCUCCUCGAGGCCCCUCCGGUGUCUGCUACAAGUGUGGCAAGCCUGGCCACUUUGCCCGAGCUUGCCGAAGCGUCCCCGCCGGCGGUGCUCCUCCCAAAUUUGGCCGAACCCAGUCUUGCUAUUCUUGUGGCGGCCAGGGUCACCUGUCCAAGGACUGCACCGUUGGCCAGAAGUGCUACAACUGUGGCUCCAUGGGCCAUGUUUCCAAGGAGUGCGGCGAGGCCCAGAGCCGAGUGUGCUACAACUGCAAGAAGCCCGGCCACAUUGCCAUCAAGUGCGAUGAGGUCCGAGCUGCUUAA